AUGGCUUCCGGAUCGGCCGCGGCGGACGGGUUCUUCAGGAAUUGGGUCUUCGAAGGCUCGCUGUCGGGCGCCGACUACGGGAUCGAGCGGCGGCCGUACCACCGCAACUGCAAGUGCGCGCUCCACGAAAAAUCCCGCGACGGCGGCGGAGGCGGAGGUUGCGGGAACUGCAAGAACACCGUCUCGUAUAAGAUCCGCCGCUCCUGGAGCGAGGGUUCUCUUGCCCUGGCGGCGGCGGCGACGUCCGGUGCUGGAUCCGGAUCGUCCCCUUCGUGUUCGUCCAAUUCGUCUCCUCACGCCGCCGGGCACGGCCUUCCUCCGUCGCCGUCGUUGCAGGCCCUCGCGCGGAGUAUGAGCAGGGACGAUCUGGCGUCUUACUCCGGAAGCAGAUGA